UCGACCUGGCGGAUUCGACAUACCACUCCCAUCCUCCUGCCGUUCCGCCUCCUGGACGACUACGCCACCCACGUCUCCAGCAAGGACGGAGGAUCCAGCAUCUCCAAGUAUGUCCGCAGCUUCACUUUGAAGUUCGACGUCAGGGAGACCAAGGACCACUACGAGCUCCACGGCGAACUACCAGGCAUCGACCAGAAGAACAUCAACAUCGAGUUCUCGGACGCGCAGACUCUCACCAUCAAGGGCCGCACUGAACACCACCGCGAAGAAGGCACCCCUCCGGCUAGCCUCAUCGAAGGUGAAGGUGCCAACUCUGGAUGA